AUGGCUAGGCUCCACGCGGCGUCCCUGCCCCGGGCGGUCGCGGAAGGCCGGGCCUUGGCUGGCUGGUCACUACUCGGUGGGGGACUCGACGCCGACCGCCUCGAAGGGGUUGGAACGGGAGACGCACGCUGUGGAGUUUCGCAGAUCGUUGUGUCCAACUGCGGCGUAGACUGGUCCACUGGCUCAGUCUGUUCAGAGUUAUCUGCGUCGGCUGGCACUGCGUUUCCUCUUGCUUUCGAAAUAGUCAUGAUUGACGUCAAAUUCAUGCUCAUCAACUUCUUCGUCGUCAUUUUCGUAGGCAGGGGUGGAUUAGGACAACUAGGAGCCGGAGCAAGAGCUAUAGGAGCCCUAGGAGCCGGAGCAGAAGCCCCGGGAACCGGAGCGGGAGCUAGAGGAGCGCUGGGAACCGGAACAGGAGGUAGAGGUGCCCUAGGAGCUGUAACAUGA